AUGGCCAUUUGGGAGCAACUGGAAGUAUCAAAAGCUCACGUUGCGUAUGCGUGUGUUGGUGUUUUCUCAUCUAUCUUUUCUUUAGUGUCUUUAUUCGUGAAGGAGAAACUUUAUAUUGGUGAGUCUACUGUUGCAGGGAUAUUUGGACUUAUCGUUGGGCCUCACUGUUUGAACUGGUUCAAUCCUCUAUCAUGGGGUCAUUCCGAUAGUAUAACUUUAGAAAUUACCAGGAUCGUUUUAUGUUUACAGAUUUUUGCUGUGGCCGUCGAGCUGCCCAGAAAGUACAUGUGGAAACAUUGGUACUCUGUUGCAUUGCUGCUACUUCCCGUGAUGACGUCGGGGUGGUUGAUAAUAGGUUUAUUCGUUUGGAUAGUGAUGCCAGCGUUGAAUUUUGCUGAUAGUUUGUUGGUAUCUUCCUGCAUCACAGCAACGGAUCCUAUCUUGGCUCAAUCUGUCGUGUCCGGUAAAUUUGCGCAAAGAGUUCCUGGCCAUUUAAGAAACCUACUAUCUGCCGAAUCGGGGUGUAAUGAUGGGAUGGCAUUUCCUUUUAUUUACCUAUCUUUAAACCUGAUCAUUCACGCUGGUAAUGGUAGGGAAAUUGUCAAAGACUGGAUUUGUGUUACCAUCCUUUAUGAAUGCAUUUUCGGUUGUUUCUUAGGUGUCGUCAUAGGAUACCUUGGUAAAGUUUGUAUCAAAUAUGCCGAAAAGAGUGGAAUCAUCGAUCGCGAAUCGUUUUUAGCAUUUUACGUGGUUUUGGCAUUUAUGUGCGCGGGAUUUGGUUCAUUGCUUGGUGUUGAUGAUUUGCUAGUCUCUUUUGCUGCUGGUACAGCCUUUUCCUGGGACGGUUGGUUUUCAGAGAAAACUCAUGAUAGUAAUAUAUCUACUGUGAUAGAUGUUUUACUAAACUAUGCAUAUUUCAUUUAUUUUGGCGCAAUCAUUCCUUGGGAACAAUUUAAUAAUCCUGCAAUCGGAACUAAUAUUUGGAGAUUGAUUAUUCUUUCUUUUGUUGUCAUUUUCUUAAGAAGAAUACCCGCAAUUUUAAUUUUGAAACCAUUUAUACCAGAUAUAAAAUCCUGGCGUGAAGCGAUGUUUGUUGGGCACUUUGGACCAAUUGGUGUUGGUGCAAUUUUUGCUGCCAUAUUGGCCCGAAGUGAAUUAGAACUAAGCGUCAAUAACGAAGAGACUCCGCUUAGUGACCUACCGGAAGAAGGGUCACCUCAUUGGAAACUUAUCGCAUGUUUAUGGCCUAUGACCUCUUUUUUCAUUGUAACUUCUAUUAUUGUUCAUGGUUCAUCGGUUGCUAUUAUCACCCUCGGUCGCCAUUUGAAUACAAUUACUUUGACCAAGACAUUUACAACACAUACAACCAAUGGCAAUGGUAAAAGUUCUUGGAUGCAAAGAUUACCUUCAUUGGAUAAAACUGGAAGGUCUUUUUCCUUACAACGUGUCGAUACAGAAGCACCAUCUGUUUCUGGUGUUCAUGAAAAGGUUGAAACAAGUGGAACUCCUGCCAAACCUGCUGGUGGCAUGAGAAGACGUAAACAUAAGAAAAGACAUAGAAAGAGAAGAGAACUCUUCGGCGUUUUAUCUAAAAGUGGUACAAAGGAUCAUGAAGAUUAUGAUGAAGAACUUAAUGACUUGGGUAGAGAGAGACUACAACGCGAAAAGGAGGCCAGAGCUGCCACAUUUGCUUUAAGUACCGCUAAGGGAGGAGAGGGCGAAAGUGAAGAAGAUGAAGAGGCAGCUCUUGACAAAUCUGAACAGCAAACAUCAAGUGAGAAUACUCAAGAGACACUGAAUGUAAUGGAUGGUCGUACAACUGCACAUAUCAUACAUGGAUUGGAUUCCUUUGCAACAAAUACUGGAAAUCCCGAUUUGCAGGAUAUUGAGGAUGAGGUUGACGAAAAGGAGUAUAAAGAGCAUGGGCACGAGCAAGAUUUAGAGAAAACUGCUUCGGAAGGUAACGAACAUAAAGAUUGGGAAAACGAAUCAAAGAGCUCAACCGAAUCUGAGAGAGCCGAGAGACUGCGAAAGAGAGAACAACAAGCACAUAUCGCCUAUCAAGAAAAUAAUAAGAUUAUUAUUGAAAAUAAAGACGGUGAAAUUAUAGAUCAAGCACAAUUUGACAAACCUCCAAAGGACGAAGAGGCAAGUAUUUCGUCCAGUCUGUCCAGAACUUUGAGUGAAAAAUCUGCCCACAGUCUAAGGAAUCUUCAAAAGAUAGUUACUCCACCAAACUUUAUCAAAAUGCAUGGUCUUGUAGAUGCAGAUCGCAAUAACAAAUAUUAUGCAUACAAGAUUGACAAUUUGUUAAUUAUAGAAGAUGAAGAGGGUGAAGUUUUACGGCGUUACAAAAUUAAUACUCAUGCGGACAAAACAAAGAACUUUGCCAGAGAGAGAAGCGGUAGCGUUGUUUCGAAGGCUUUAUCAGCAGUUGGGCUGAAAGCAAAACCACAACCAAGCAAUCCUAGCAGUGCUGAAACGCAAACAGAUGAUUUAAAAAAAAUGGUGCGAAAUUUAACUCCUGCACCAAAAAACAGGCAUUCAUUAUCAGAAGAUGACGAAGAAGAAGAUGAAGAGGAAGACGAGGACGAAGAAGAAGAAGAUGGAGAUGAACAAUAUGAAGAUGACACUGAUCAAUAUGAGGAUGAUUCUGAAUAUUCAGGUGAUCGUGACAGUUAUGAUGAGGAAAGCGGUGAUUUAGCAAAUAGCGUAUUAGGAUAUUCUGGAGAAGAAGAACCUGAAACAGCAAUAGAGAGGGAAAGAAGAUUAAAUGCACUUGGCCAAUUUUCUGCUCCGAGAGAUGACGAUGACGAAGAAGAGUUCCCAAAAACCUCCGAAGCCCAUCACAAUGCAGGAUCAAAUGCUGCAAGGAAAAUGAAAACCACAAUCGGCAAGACUUUUCAUCUUAAAUAG